AGGGAUCUCAUUGACAGUACAGAGACCUCGGAGCACACUAACCUGCUUAUGUACCUGUCUUUAACCCCCGUUUUAGUUCAGAAGGCCAAAACAGCUGGGAUUAGGUUGCUAGCUACCUCUGGUAAAGAUCUGACACCAGCCCAUGAUGCCUAAGAGUCUACAGUCUCCAUCAAGAUUACCAGAGAUGGAUCCAGCAAUCUGGAGCCGUCUACCGGAGGAGCUACUGGAGCAUGUUCUAUCUUUCUUACCUUUAAAAACGUUCUUGAAUUUGAGAUCAACUAGUAAGCAUUUCAAGUCUCUUCUGUUUUCUCCCUCUUUCAUGUCCAAACACACAGCUUCUGGCUCUCCUUUCUCUUCUUUUCUCUUGCUUUCUCACCCUCAGUUUUUCCAGCAAUUCCCUCUGUAUGAUUCUAUUGUUGGCUCCUGGCGAAACUUGGCUUUAUCACUCUCUCUUUUAUUACCUGGUACUGGCUCUAAUGUUUCACCAUCUUGUACACUUCUUUCAUCAUCUAACGGGCUCAUUUGUUUCUCUCUUCCUAGUUCAUGUUCAUUACUUGUGUGCAACUUCGUGGCUAAAUCUUCAAGGAUUGUGGAAUUCCCAAGCCAUCCUUUUACUUUUGAGUCAUUUGUUUUCGUGUCCAUGUCAUUUGGAUACAAGAUUUUUGUGCUAUGUUCGAAGUUCUCUUCAAAUUCUGUUUUUGUUUAUGAUUCAAAAGUCCACUCUUGGCAAAAGUUCGAUCGCUUUGAGCCAAUUUUAGGUGACAAUUAUCGUCAAGAAGGCGUGUUCUUUAAAGGGUCGUUGUAUUUUACCACCUCAGAGCCAUUUUCUAUAGUGUGCUUUGAUUUGGAGAGUGGAAGGUGGGGGCGAUUAGACAAUGAAUUGCCAGAGGACGUUACAUUUGUUAGGUUGGUGAGUGAUGGUGAGAAGAAGCUCUAUUUGAUUGGUGGAGUUGGGAGAAAUGGGAUUUCAAGAAGCAUGAAAUUGUGGGAAUUGGAUGGUGAAAGGAAUUGGAUCGAAGUAGAAAGUUUGCCUGAAAUGAUGUGUAAGAAGUUUUUAUCAGUUUGUUACCACAACUACGAGCGUGUUUACUGCUUUUUGCAUGAGGGGAUGAUCUGUAUUUGCUGCUAUACAUGGCCAGAGAUAUUGUAUUACAAGGUGUCAAGGAGGACUUGGCAUUGGCUCCCUAAAUGCCCUUCAUUGCCUGAGAAGUGGAGCUGUGGCUUCAGGUGGUUUUCUUUUGUUCCAGAGCUGUAUGCUCUAGUUUGAAGCAUUUGUCGGUGUUUCUUUGUCUCUGUGUGAGGCUCUUUUUUUUUUUUAAUCUUUCUGGAAUUGUAUUUUCUUUUAUUACUUGUCAGAUCCUGCUUGUGUGUACAUAAAGUUUGUGCCAAUGAGACUUGUUCUGUUGGGAUUU